GAUAUUACAUUGCGUGAUCGGCGGUGCACGCAUCAGUAGUCCGGAGAACAGUAAACGAAAUACACGUGUUGCUUAAGUUUUUUAAUGUGUCCAGACGGACGUUCGCGGGACGAACGAUUUCGAAGAAAGAUUUCCUCUAAAUUUUGACCUUUUAACGAUCGAUGAUAGAAAUUUUUUAUCUAAUUACAAUUGUCAUUGCCAAAUGUAUCGGUACAUUAAAAGAAAUGAAUCAUUGAUCGCCAUGCUUUUUUAUGAAGGUUUUCGAAAUGUCGAAUUUUGUCAAUAAUAUUAAAAAAUUUUAUUCGUGACGAUAUAACUAAGAAAAAAAGAAAAGAGAGAGAGAGAGAGAGAGAGAGAGAGAGAUUAUAAGAAAAUUUGAAUGAAAAAGAAAGAUCCGAAAGAUGAGAUUGAAUAAUUUAUUAAGCGAGAGAAGGCUGCUCGUUUUAAUGACGAUCGUAUCGGCUUUGUUUGAUCUUUACGUGAUCGCCGAUGACGAUAAUGUAUCAACUAUGGUACGUGCUAAAAAGGCACGGAUGGUGAAGAAGCUAAAAAGAGAUUUCCGAAAAUUGAAGAAGCAAGAGGGUGCGAUAAAGUUGGUUGGUGGUGAGAAUGGUGAUUACGAAGGAAAUAUAGAGAUAUUGCACGAGGGUAAAUGGGGCAGUAUUUGCGACGACGAAUGGGAUUAUUUGGAGGCCAAUGUGGUUUGCAGGCAAUUAGGGUUCGACGGUGCAAUUAAACCAACGACCAACAGUCAUUUUGGACAGGCCAGAAGAAAAUACUGGAUGGAUAACAUUUAUUGCGACGGUACAGAAGAGGAACUUUCCAAAUGUCGUUUUGAUGGAUGGGGAAAUUCUGAUUGCGAGAGUAACGAAGCUGCCGGUGUUAUUUGUUCUCACGAAGAAGAAAAAUCGUCAUUGUCUUCCUCUUUGAAAGAGAAACAAGCAAAGUCGAGGAUCAAGGAUAUGCAUCAGCAGGGCAUGGCCUUACGAUUGGCUGGAGGUCGAGUUCAUAACGAGGGUAGACUUGAAAUUAAACUGGGAACAGCUGAUUGGGGUGUCGUAUGUGGCGACGGCUGGUCCCUCUUCGAAGCAGGGGUGGUCUGUCGUCAACUAGGCCUUGGCUACGCCUCCGACGCGACACAAAGCAACUAUUUUGUCGGCGAGACUAUACCCAUAGCGAUUAGUGGUAUACGGUGUCAUGGGGAUGAAAAGAAUCUGGUUGAAUGUUUACACGAUAGAAUUUCUGAUUGUCCAGGUAUGAACGAGAACGUAGCAGGUGUAGUGUGUUCUCGAGAUAUGCCUGAUCUCAUUUUUGAUCAUAUCGAGUUAAUGAGGACAGCUCAUUUGGAGGAUCGUCAGCUUUACUGGCUUCAAUGUGCUAUGGAAGAAAAUUGCGUGGCUUCGCGUGCCUACAAAGUUCAAAAGGAAUCAUAUAAUUGGCAUUUUGAGAGCAGAAGGCUCUUGAGGUUCACCGCAAGGAUUUUAAAUGCCGGAACCGCUGACUUCCGACCAGCUGUACCUAAACAUUUAUGGGAAUGGCACAUGUGUCACAUGCAUUAUCACUCUAUGGAAGUCUUUGCUACAUUUGACAUCAUCGACUCGAGUGGCAACAAAGUGGCAGAGGGUCACAAAGCAUCCUUUUGUUUGGAAGAUAAUCAAUGUAUUCCAGGAGUUGAGCCACGAUAUAAAUGUGCAAAUUACGGUGACCAAGGAAUCUCCGUUAAUUGUAGCGACAUAUACAAACAUAAUAUCGAUUGUCAGUGGGUAGACAUUUCCGAGUUAGAACCAGGACAAUAUACGCUUAAGGUCGCCGUCAACCCAGAGUUUAAGGUCGGCGAAAUGUCGUUCGACAAUAACGCAGCGAUUUGUCGUUUGCUUUAUACCGAAACAUUCGCAACAGUGCAUAGUUGCGUCAUGGGACGACCUUGAUAAGAUCCAACGAAAUUACAAAAUACUCUUGUUAUCUAGAUUUCGAUAGGACAAUGCAAACUGAGAGGCUGCUUAUCAUUUUUCUCCUUAUACAAGCAUUAUCUCUAUCUCUUUCUCUCUUUCUCUCUAUCUAUUUCUCUCUAUUUUAUCAUAAAGUCUAUAUUAAUUCUCAUAGAUGAUCUUUACGAUUUUUCAUAAAUGAAAUCGAACGAUACACUUUAACUAUUGUAAGAAUAAAUCUAUAUAAAAAAGAGGACGCCGGUCGUUAUCGCAUAGCAAACGAUCGAUCGACUAACGUUGCUAUACUCUCUCGCUCUCUCUCUCUCUCUCUCUCUCUCUCUCUCUCUCU